AUGUUCUAUAACUCCUUUGUGGCUCUGCCACUACAAAUUCCAUGCGUGGUGUUUCUGAAGAAGGGUGUGGUGUCAUUAUUGAGGGAGCUGCCCCCAUCGAAGAGGAGGCGAUUGCAACCCCUCCUGUUGGUGACACAAAGGCCGCUGCUGCUGAGGAUGAUGAUGAUGAUGAUGAUGAUGUGGACCUUUUCGGUGAAGAGACUGAAGAGGAGAAGAAGGCUGCUGAGGAACGUGCUUCUGCUGUCAAGGCAUCUGGCAAAAAGGAGGACUGGCAAUUCAUCAGUUCUUUUGGAUGUGAAGCCAUGGGAUGAUGAAACUGAUAUGAAAAAGCUUGAGGAAGCAGUAAGAAUCGUUCAAAUGGAAGGGUUGCUUUGGGGAGCAUCUAAACUUGUACCAGUUGGGUAUGGUAUUAAGAAAAUGACGAUAAUGCUUACCAUUGUGGAUGACUUGGUGUCUGUCGACACUCUCAUUGAGGAACAUCUUACAGUCGAACCCAUUAAUGAAUAUGACCAGAGCUGUGACAUUGUAGCCUUCAACAAAAUAUAAUUGAAGGAUGUGCUUGUAUGUGUCGGUGCUGGAGAUGUUGCAGUCUUAGCUGGGAUUGAAGACCUUUAUGCAUGGCUAAUGUUAUUUAUAUUUUUAAUUUUGAAUCUUUAUAUUACAAAUUUUGUUUGUUGGAAUUUAAUUUAAGUUUUUAGUUGUGGAUUA